CGGCCGCGGGCGGAGGGGCGGGGGCAGGCCAGCGGGAGGCUCCCCGUCAGGCACGGAGGGUGCCUGGGGACUGGCGGGCGGCGACGGGCUUGUCAUGGGGAUCCGGGCUGCGAGACGGCACUGGUAGCAUCUGGGGACUCCGAGAGGGACAGGAAGUGUCAGCGCCCGUGACUCCGGCGCCGGCCCCGCCGAGGGGAUCCCGGCUGCUCCGAGCCUGGAGUUUCGCCCCGCCCCUGGGCUGGUGCCGCGGGGGCGGAGAGUGAGGGCUGCUUUGGGGGGGAGCGGAGGUCGGGGAGCGCGGCCGUGCCCUCUCGAGCGGCUGCGGGGUCCCCGCGGCGCCGGGCUGCGGAGCGAAGGGCCCGCGGCGGCCGCGGCCGGUGCAUGUACGGCUGCUGGAUGCGGAGGCGGCGGCGGCGGCGCUGAGCGGCAGGAUGUUAGGGCAGCAGCAGCAACUGUACUCGUCGGCCGCCCUCCUGACCGGGGAGCGGAGCCGGCUGCUCACCUGCUACGUGCAGGACUACCUUGAGUGCGUGGAGUCGCUGCCCCACGACAUGCAGAGGAACGUGUCUGUGCUGCGAGAGCUGGACAACAAAUAUCAAGAAACGUUAAAGGAAAUUGAUGAUGUCUAUGAAAAAUAUAAGAAAGAAGAUGAUUUAAACCAGAAAAAACGUCUGCAGCAGCUUCUCCAGAGAGCACUCAUUAAUAGUCAAGAAUUAGGAGACGAAAAAAUCCAGAUUGUUACACAAAUGCUCGAACUGGUGGAAAACCGGGCAAGACAAAUGGAGCUACACUCACAGUGUUUCCAAGAUCCAGCUGAAAGUGAAAGGGCCUCAGAUAAAGCAAAGGUGGAUUCCAGCCAACCAGAAAGAUCUUCAAGAAGACCCCGCAGGCAGCGGACCAGCGAAAGCCGUGAUUUAUGUCACAUGACAAACGGGAUUGAAGACUGUGAUGAUCAGCCACCUAAAGAAAAGAAAUCCAAAUCAGCAAAGAAAAAGAAACGCUCCAAGGCCAAGCAGGAAAGGGAAGCUUCACCUGUUGAGUUUGCCAUAGAUCCUAAUGAACCUACAUACUGCUUAUGCAACCAAGUGUCUUAUGGGGAGAUGAUAGGAUGUGACAACGAACAGUGUCCAAUUGAAUGGUUUCACUUUUCAUGUGUUUCACUUACCUAUAAACCAAAGGGGAAAUGGUAUUGCCCAAAGUGCAGGGGAGAUAAUGAGAAAACAAUGGACAAAAGUACUGAAAAGACAAAAAAGGACAGAAGAUCGAGGUAGUAAAGGCCAUCCACAUCAGGAUUAUUUGUCUUUUCUAUAAUUCGUUUACUUUGAGAAAAUGUUUUAGGGUAAACGCAUAAGACUAUGCAAUAAUUUUUGAUCAUUAGUAUUAACGGUGUAUUAAAAGUUGUUGUACUUUG